CGUGGACGUCCAUCCGACGAUCCAGGUGCGAGUGUCACCGACGAUGCUUCAAUGUACUUGCCAUAAAGCAUGCAGUAAAUGAUCCCGGCGAGACCAUAGUAAUCCGGCUGGAACGUCCAAGGCCUGCCUUCCCUCAGUUCCAGGCAAUCACGAGCAUCUGUAGGCCAGUCACCUACGAACUGCUGGUUGACAGGGAACAAUCUCGUAUCAAUCGUCCUUCCAAAGUCGAUCAUCUUGAUUCCCUUGUACUUCCAACCUUUGUCGCCGGUAGGUGAAUAAGUGCUAUCCCAAGCACUUGCAGGUCCGGGUACAUCUUCCAUUCUCACUAAACAAUUGUCGAUCUUGACGUCUCCGUGGAUGAAGCCUGCUCUGUGGAGACCUUCAAGUAAGCGCAUGAGCUCGAUGGCAAAGAACAUGACAAGGAGUUCGUCGAGACAUGCGCCAUGUUGUGUGAUACCAGCUUGUGAUGCGCCAUUGACGAUGUUCAGAAGUGUCCCUUGUGAACGCAGUUCUAACACGAGCUGUGUCGGGAGGGUCGAAUGGAUCCGGCGCAAUACAUGGAAUUCCCAAAGGUUCCGAGGCUUGACGACCUUUAACGCAACUCUCGGGAUGCCACCAUCCUCGUCUUCGUCCUCAAAAUCGUCGUCAUCGUCGUCAUCGUCGUGGUCUGUACCGCGUUCUUGCCGCUUCUCGUUCAACGUGUAAACGUCUAUAGCCUCAAAGACGGCGCCAAACCCGCCUUCACCAAGUUUAUCUGUGACUUUAUGUAUUUCCGCUGGUCCGCCUCGUCUUCCUCUUAGCGAACUUCUGCAAUGUAUCCAACAAGCCUGCUUCCUGCGGUCUCAAAUCACGGAAAGCAGGAUCAGCAGGAAUCAGGGAAAGCAGGGUUGACAUGAUUGGCGGGUCAAAUGGAUUGCAUGGAUUCGAGGUCUUGAACUUUGAUGCGACAUUUAUCGCGUCCGAGAAGCUCAACGUCCCCGUCCGUUCUUCGAGGUUCUGAACGUCCUCCUCUUCGCCAUCAACUUGUUCCCAUCCUUCCUCUUCUUCUUGCUCCUCGCGGCGUAGCUCAGCUGCCAACUGUUCAGCGACCUCAACUGGAUCUUCCCUCCUGAAUACCGGUCGUCCAUAAGCCUCACUAGGUGUAGCCUGCCCCUUCAUACUCGUCGAGGUAAACUCAUAUGUACGUUCUGUUAUGGGUGUCAUCACCUGGAAUUGGCCUAAUCGUCCACCCAACGGGGGUUGUUGGUCUUGGUAUCCUUCGAUACCCUGCUCGUCAUACAAGACACUAUCUUCUUCGGACGUUGUAGGCGUCGUCGAAGCUUGAAUAGGCAUUAUCGCAAUAGGACCGUCGUCAAAGUCAGAAGAUUGAUCAGUGGAAGUGUCAUAAUAAUCUUCAUCAGUUUCAGUGAAAUUCGCAGAGAUGGGAUGUUGCGCUUGUACAAGUUCUUCGGGGUCAUCUUCGGAUUCCGAUUGAGUAGGGAUGGACGAGAGCGGGGUACGAGAUCUAACAGGGACGAAAGGUUGCCUUGCAUCAGGAUCUACGAACGGUUUGAACACCGCAGGAGGCGGAGGAUGUCCUGGUGUAUCAGGUCUUAUAGAGAACACAUUUGAGCUCGAACUUGAACUUCCCGCAGCCGCAGGCGUCGGCCGACUAAACACCUUGAAUGGUGCAGGAGCUGCGCUAGCAUUCUCCGAUGACGAGGACGAGGACGCAGGAGGGUCAACAAAGAUGUCUUUCCUCGAGAACGCCCUACUCUCUCCAGGAGCAGCAGGAGUGAAGACUGUCGGUGGUCGACGGUCUUCUGAAAGAGGUCUGAAAACGCUAUUGAUGGAACAGCAUUUUCAUUUGACUUGGGCGGCGGAGGACGGGCAUUCUCGUUAGAACGGGGUACGGGUGGGACGGUUUCUUUGACUGAAAGAACGCGUCGAUUGGGGUCAGGAGUGAC